UACGUUGGAAAAUCGGACAGGGAAAAGGGCGGUCGGAGAACCAUCAUAAUAAUAAAACCUUAAAUUCGUCGAAGAACAAUAAUGGUAGGAACAUGAAAGCAUCCACAGUUAGUAGUACAAGUGGAGUUGCUGGCAAUUUUAUAACCAUGACGGAACUUCGGAACAAGAUUUCGAUCUUUCGAGAUUUGCUCGAUUUUUCUCCUUGUUCUGCUUCUGCUUCUGUUACUCAGGUACAUAUACACCACACACACAAAAAGAACACAGAGAGAUUGUUCGACGAAAUGGACGACGACGAUGAUAUGAGAGAUUACAGUCCGCCGGCGGGGAGUGCAUUUGGGAAAGCUUUAUCGGAAUCUUACUCCGAUAGCACGGCCUCAGUUUCUUCUUCCCCGGCGACGCCAACUUCCGUCCUGCCGGAAGCAUGGAAAUCCGAUAAAACGACGUCGUCUUACUCGCCGCCGCUUCUCCUUCCGCUGAGAGUUCAGGCCGUCGGAAAACUGAACCCCAUCGACGUGAAGCGGCUUUCCUUUCACAUGUUCCCGCACGCGGUUUCUAUUGUGCAGGAUCCUAAAUACGCUGUGCAAACCAAAACCCUGGAACAGAAAAUUCCGGCGCAGGUUGAGAAAACUGAUCGUGAUGACGAUUAUUGCGAUGACGUCAUCAAGGCUGCUGGUGAUGAUAAAGAAGAUGACGAUGAGGAUGAUGAUAUGCUUGAGGAUAUGGAGAUAGUCAACGAGGUCGUUGACCGGGAGAUGAAAACCCAGGUUUUGGAUAUUGGGCCACGUGUUUCGGUAGGGAUGAUAGACGACGAUUCAGAAAUACGUGAAACAGUAAAGAAUGAUAUUAUCCCAAAUGAAGUACUGCCGCUCCCGUUCUCUCCACCGCCGCCGCGCCUGUCUCCAGUUACCUCACCGCCGCCACCUCCUCCUCCUCCACCGUCGUCGCCAGCACCUAUUCCUAUUACACCGAUAAUUUCGGCACCGCCACCGCCUCCGCCUCCGCCUCCGCCACCACCUGGAAAUACAACACAUGCGCCGCCGCCACCUGGAAAUACAGCACCCGCUCCACCCCCACCUCCACCGACGGCGGCGUUGAGGGGUAGUUCCGCACCACCGCCGCCUCCUCCACCGAUGAUGAGAGGAGGUGCUGCUGCUGCUCCGCCACCUCCUCCUCCGCCUAUGGGAGCGUCGAGAGGAGGUGCUGCUGCUGCUCCGCCGCCGCCACCACCACCUACGAACGGGGCUGCCGCACCACCGCCGCCUCCAGGCUUCGCCUGCCUCCGCCCGAAAAAAUCAACUACCAAAUUGAAGAGAUCUGCACAGAUGGGAAAUCUGUACAGACUUCUCAAAGGGAAAGUAGAAGGAUCGAGCCUAGACGGCAGAUCAUCCGGAGGCCGAAAGGGUAAAAUCGGAACAACCUCCGCCGGCGGAAAACAAGGCAUGGCUGAUGCAUUAGCCGAGAUGACCAAAAGGUCAGCAUACUUCAUACAAAUUGAAGAAGAUGUGAAGAAUUAUGCUGCAGCAAUCAAGGAAGUGAAAAUUGCAAUCGGUUCUUUUCAAACAUCUGACAUGGCUGAACUCAUUAAAUUCCAUAAAUACGUCGAAUCUCACCUCGAGAAACUCACUGAUGAAACUCAGGUUCUAGCGAGAUUUGAGGAUUUUCCCGGCAAAAAAUUGGAAGCUUUGAGAAUGGCAUCAGCCUUGUACUCAAAGUUAGAUACAAUUGCCAAUACUUUAAAGAAUUGGCCGAUAGCUCUCCCCGUCGGCCAACUUCUCGACAAAGCCGAGGCUUAUUUCAACAAGAUUAAGGUGGAACUCGACGCACUGGAGAGGACUAAAGACGAAGAAGCCAAGAGAUUUCUAGCUCAGAAGAUCACUUUCGACUUCGGCAUACUUAUUCGUAUCAAAGAAUUAAUGGUCGAUGUCUCGUCCAAUUGCAUGGAGUUGGCACUUAAGGAGAAGAGAGAAGCAAAUGCUAAAGAAAACAGAACAGAAAUAUUGAAAGGUGAUCAAGGGAAAAAGAAUGGGACAGCAAAAAUGUUGUGGAGGGCAUUCCAAUUCGCGUUCCGGGUUUACACUUUUGCGGGCGGGCACGAUGACCGCGCGGAUAAGCUGACGAGAGAAUUAGCCCAUGAAAUUGAGACGGAGAAUUAAUCAAUUAAUCUGCAGAUCACAAUAUUAUUUCAUUGCAUGAAUGUAAUAUAAAAGGGGUUUAAUUAUAAUUAAUUAUUCAAAAAAAUAUAAAAAAAUAAAAAGGGAAAAAUGCGGGAAAAAAAAAGAGUUAGAGAUACAUGAGACAUUCAAUUUAUUGUUGUUAUGUACACUGCAGCACUUAUUGGGUUUUUGUCCUGUUGGAUGCUUCGGUAAUUUUUACAUAUAUGUAUACAUAUUUAUAUAUAUAUUACAGGUAGAGGAGUAGGAUAAGGUUGUGUGGGGAAGAUUAUAAGCUAAUUAAACUCUAGCUUUUAUUUUCUUUAACCACUAUUUGGUUUAGCAAAUUAAAUUAAAUUAAAUUACAUUGUUUGUUGUUGUAUUUGUGCAAGUGAUUGGUUUUUGAACAUUAUGCAUAUAUAUGUUUAUUUUAGAAUAUGUGUGAAGGAUUUAUUAGCUAGCUUUUCUUCAUGGCCCUUUAAUUUUUUUUAUUUUUUUUUUUAAUCUUCUAUCACAACUUCUUAUGCUAUCUAAAUAUGGAAAAUUGUAGUUUCGGUCCUUAUAUGUUUGACAUCUUCAUGAUUUAGUCCUAAAAAAUGUAUUUAAUUUGAUUUUUACAAGUAAUGAUUAUGCAAAAUUAGCAUUUCUCGUCUUAUUUCAUUCGAACUUUGAAUUGAGCACGCUGUUUAAUGCUUCUUAAAAUUACAUAGAUCAUCUAUAAAUUAGUCAACUCGCAUUAUCAAAGACCGAUCAAAAGGUAAGCUAAAUGUCGAAUUUAUAAUUUUCAAACAUCCACAUAAGUAAAAGUCGUGUCGUAAAAUUAAAAAAAUCAUGCAAAACAGAUCAAAAACAUCAAUAUCAGUUCUUCUGAUCAGUACUUCA